GCGAUCCGCAGCUCGGACGGUUACUAACAGUGUUGACUCGAAGAUCAGACGAUCCGGUUGUGUAUCGUGAGACAUUUUAGUGCAAAGCAACGAACAGAAUGACGGAAUUAAACGCCGAAUUUCGUGGAUACCGCUCGCCGUUGAGCACCCGCUACGCCAGUAAGGAAAUGCAGUACCUAUUUAGCGAUCAGUACAAAUUUUCCACCUGGCGCAAGUUAUGGAUCAUGCUGGCGAAAGCGGAGAAGUCGCUGGGCUUGGGCAUAACCGAGGAGCAAAUCCGGGAGAUGGAACGCAACGUAGAAAACAUCGACUUCAAGGCUGCCGCGGCCGAGGAAGCGCUAACUCGACACGAUGUAAUGGCUCAUGUGCACGUGUUUGCACAGCAGUGUCCACUGGCAGCCCCAAUCAUACAUCUCGGAGCGACCUCAUGCUACGUUGGCGACAACACGGAUUUGAUUGUGCUGAGGGAAGCGUUGGACCAGUUGCUACCGAAACUGGUCGGAGUCAUCAAGCAGCUGUCUCAGUUUGCCAUGCAGUACCGCGAACUGCCAACACUCGGGUUCACUCACCUGCAGCCGGCCCAACUGACCACCGUCGGUAAGCGCUGCACGCUGUGGGUCCAGGAUCUACUGAUGGACGAGCGAGCGCUCCGUGGUUGCCGGGAGAACCUACGUUUCCGCGGUGUGAAGGGAACGACCGGAACGCAGGCUUCGUUUUUGCAGCUGUUUGCCGGCGAUGGCGGUAAGGUUCGCGAGUUGGAUCGCACCGUCACCAAACUGGCCGGCUUCGAGCGAUACUAUGCCGUCACGGGACAAACGUACUCCCGGAAGGUAGAUCUAGAGAUCGUGUCGGCUCUCGCAAGUCUCGGCGCUACGGUGCACAAAAUGUGUUCCGAUUUGCGGCUGCUCGCGUCCCGCAAAGAGCUGGAAGAGCCAUUCGAACAAACGCAAAUCGGGAGCUCGGCCAUGCCGUACAAGCGGAACCCGAUGCGUUCGGAGCGAUGCUGUGCGCUUGCCCGACACAUGAUAAGCAUGCACGCGAAUGCAGCCAACACGCUGGCCGUCCAGUGGCUUGAGCGGACGCUAGACGACUCGGCCAACCGGCGGCUGACGCUAUCGGAAGCGUUUCUAGCAGCGGAUGCCUGUCUGCUGACGUUGCUCAACAUCUCCCAGGGGCUCGUUGUCUACCCGAAGGUGAUCGAACGCAACAUUGCCCAGGAGCUUCCGUUUAUGUCGGCCGAGAACGUGAUCAUGGCCAUGGUGAAGGCCGGCGGAGAUCGGCAGGUGUGCCACGAGAAGAUACGUGUCCUCUCGCACGAAGCCGGGGCGCAGGUGAAGCAACAUGGAAAGGACAACGAUCUGGUCGAUCGAAUCAAGGCCGAUGCUUACUUUGCGCCCAUUCUGGGGCAGCUCGAUAAAAUUCUUGAUCCGAAAACGUUCACCGGCCGAGCCGCCGAUCAGGUGGUGGAGUUUGUACAGGAAGAGGUUGAUCCGAUCGUCGCCCAGUACGGGGACAAGGUCGUUACCAAGUCUGCGCAAUUGAAAAUUUGAUUUGCCCGGCGGUGCUAUGUGACGUUGUUUAUUGUAAUAAAGCACUUCUUCAACAGCA